AUACUAAAUUGAGCCGAAUAAUGGCGAUUAGCAACAUGUAAACAAUUUUCACACGUUUAUUAUCCAAAUUCGAAGUGUCGUAGCUUUUACUUUGUGAAGAAACAAAAGAUGGGGUCAGCAAAGCAACAAUCCGCAAUAUCUAAGAUAAUGGGACUACUCCAAGAAUGGGAUAAAGGUAGUAAAGUCGUUAGACAAAAAAUUCUACAGGAUUUCGUUGCACAAAAUCAACAUAAAACUGGACCAGAGUUGGAACAAGAAUUUGCACAGGCCGCUAGUUUGUUUCUUACAAGACUCACAGCGUGGCUUAGACUGACAUACAUGAUAGGAACCUGUUUAAAUGAACAACUGAGAGCGAUUUCCAUAUUUUUAUCUGCAUCAAGUGGACACAAAUACAUGGCAGAAUUCUUAGAAGUUGGGGGAGUCCUCACUCUGUUAGAGAUUAUUGGAUUAAAACAAGCAAAGGAGGUGGACAAACUCCAGGCUCUGAACUGUCUUAUCUGUAUAGCUAAUGCUGGGAGGAAGUACAAGGAGCUGGUGUGUGAGAGUUAUGGCAUCCGAGCAGUUGCAGAGUGCUUAGCAAAAUCAAAGUCUGAAGAAACACAAGAUGCUUGCAGAAACAUCUUGCUGAUGCUGGCACAAGGAAAUCCCAAAUUUGAAGUCCAAGUUUACAAGGGUCUGAUCGCUCUCUUGCCCUGUAGUUCUCCCAAAGCCCAGCAGAUGGCAGCACAAUCUCUGCGCGUCAUUCAGCCAGUGGUAAAGAAUGCCAAUCCAAACAUUGUAGAACCGCUGUUGAAUCUUCUAAAAACAUUACAUCUUGAGGUGCAGUUUGAAGCCAUUGAGUUGAUUAAAGAACUGAUGGAGUAUGAGGUAUCAGAAACAAUCCUACAGAAACUGGUCUCUCUCCUGAGGCCUUCCAAGGAGGAAAUUGUCAAACGUCCAGAGAUUCUAGAAGAUCCAGAUGUUCCCAAAAUAAAUGCACCUUUACCAGUAUUUGUGCAGCAAGCUGCAGCUGCUAAAACCAUUGGCAUUUUAUCAAGAGAAUCUAAUGAAAUUGCAGAAAAACUUAUCCAAUUGAGAGUGACCCAUAAUCUCCUGUACUCCAUGGGUAAUAUGGAUUAUGCAGACAGUCAGCGACAGUCAAGUAUUUCCUUGGAGUAUUUAUGUCGAACUUUUCCAAUUGUUGAUGAGCAUGUAAAGGAGGCAAUGGGAGAUAAUCUUUACGAUUUAUUCAUGUCCAAUCCUGAAGGACUUUACAUGACAAUGACACACGUCCAAGCUGAUGUUUUGGUGUCCAAUAAAGUCAACAUUCCAAAACUGGUGGACAGAGUGGACUAAUGCCAUUGAGAAGAAGAUUUCAAGUCGGAGGAAUAAGGAGACUCAUGGUUAUCUGAGUAUCAGUGAAAUCUGUAUCUGACAUUGUUAAAAACCUGUGAUAUUUGUAAAUAGACUGUAAAUAAAAAAUUUUAAAAAUCUU